CGCGUGUCCGCUGCCCAAUGACAGCGCAGGAUGUUUGACUGGUGUGAAUGGAGUUGCUGUCUCUGAAAGGUGAUGGAGAGGAAUUAACUGUAGGAAAAGAUGUGUUGACGUUGAGGCCCUCCACCCACACAGGCAUGCAGUGAGCCACCUGUGUGUCUCGCAGAGAGAGAGUACACUGUGAUCGUUGCAGCGCGCCCCUGGUAAGGACCCUGUGGCGUGCGUCCGGCCAGCCCAGGCCACACCUCCCUCACCCAGGACAUGUACGGCAGUGCCCGAGCAGUAGGCCACAUCGAGAGCAGCCCUGCACGGUCCCCACGACUGCCUAGGUCCCCCAGGCUGGGUCACCGGAGGGCCAGUAGUGGGGGUGGGAGCAGUGGAGGGGGCAAGACGCUCUCCAUGGAGAACAUCCAGUCGCUGAACGCUGCCUACGCCACAUCCGGGCCCAUGUAUCUGAGCGACCACGAGGGAGUGGGCUCCACCGCCACCUACCCCAAGGGCACCAUGACGCUGGGGCGUGCCUCCAACCGGGCCAUGUACGGGGGGCGUGUCACGGCCAUGGGCAGCAGCCCCAACAUUGCCACGGUGGGGCUGGGCCACCACACUGACCUGCUGUCCUACAGCGACCUAGGCUCCCUGUCCAUGCUGCAGCACCACCACCACCACCAGGGGGUGCCGUCUGCCCUGCUGCGGCAGGCGGUACGGGGUGGUGGGGGGGAGUUGCUGGAGAUGCAGGCCACACUCCGGGACAUGCAGCGGGAGAAUGACCUGCUGAAGAGAGAGCUGGACCUGAAGGACAGCAAGCUGGGCUCGUCCACCAACAGCAUCAAGAGCUUCUGGAGCCCCGAGCUGAAGAAGGAGAGGAUGAUACGUAAGGAGGAGGCGGCGCGCACCUCCGUCCUCAAGGAGCAGAUGAGGGUGACUCACGAGGAGAACCAGCACCUGCAGCUGACCAUCCAGGCCCUGCAGGAUGAGCUGAGGACCCAGAGGGAUCUGAACCACCUGCUGCAGGAGAGUGGCGGCCGCUCUGGGGAACACUACACCAACAUCGAGCUGACCGAGGAGAACUUUAGACGACUGCAGGCCGAGCACGACCGCCAGGCCAAAGAGCUCUUCCUCCUGAGGAAGACCUUGGAGGAGAUGGAGCUGCGGAUGGAGACCCAGAAGCAGACGCUGGGGGCCAGGGACGAGUCUAUCAAGAAGCUGCUGGAAAUGCUCCAGAGUAAGGGUCUGCCUGGGGGGCCAGGCAGGGUCAAUGAGGAGGAGGAGCAGGAGAGGGCCAGGCGCAUCGCUGAGGCCGAGGCACAGCUGGGACACCUGGAGGUCAUCUUGGAUCAGAAGGAGAAGGAGAACAUCCACCUCCGAGAGGUGUUCUCCCAGGAACUGCACAGGAGAAACCAGAUGCACCAGGACCCUGGCAAAACCAAAGCCCUCCAGACCAUCAUAGAGAUGAAGGACACCAAGAUAGCGUCUCUGGAGCGCAACAUCAGGGACCUGGAGGAUGAGAUCCAGAUACUGAAGGCUAACGGCUUGCUGAACACCGAGGACAGAGAGGAGGAGAUCAAACAGAUGGAGGUCUACAAGAACCACUCCAAGUUUAUGAAGGCCAAGAUUGACCAGCUGAAGCAGGAGCUGUCCAAGAAGGAGUCUGAGCUGCUGGCCCUGCAGACCAAGCUAGAGACCCUGAACAACCAGAACUCAGACUGCAAACAGCAUAUAGAGGUUCUCAAAGAGUCCCUCACUGCUAAGGAGCAGCGUGCUGCCAUACUGCAGACAGAGGUGGACGCCCUGCGCCUGCGCCUGGAGGAGAAGGAGUCCUUCCUGAACAAGAAGACCAAGCAGCUGCAGGACCUGACGGAAGAAAAGGGUACACUGGCCGGAGAGAUUCGAGACAUGAAGGACAUGCUGGAGGUCAAGGAGAGGAAGAUCAACGUCCUGCAGAAGAAGAUUGAGAAUCUGCAGGAGCAGCUGUGUGAUAAGGACAAGCAGUUGGGGAACCUGAAGGACAGGGUGAAGUCUCUGCAGACUGACUCCAGUAACACUGACACUGCCCUGGCCACCCUGGAGGAGGCACUCUCUGAGAAGGAGCGGAUAAUAGAGAGACUGAAGGAGCAGAGAGCGAGGGAGGACAAUGAGAGGAUUGACGAGGUGGAGUCCUAUAAGAAGGAGAACAAGGACCUCAAGGAGAAAGUCAACACCCUCCAUAUGGAAUUAACAGAGAAGGAGUCCUGUCUCAUUGACCUGAAGGAGCAUGCCUCCUCCCUGGCCUCCUCCAGCCUGAAGAAAGAAUCCAAGCUCAAGUCUCUGGAGAUGGCCAUCGAGCAGAAGAAAGAGGAGUGUAGCAAGUUGGAGACACAGUUACAGAAGCAAGCAGAGCAGCUGUUCACUCAGAUGAACAACCCUAAGGCCCAUGAGGUCCAGCAGCAGCAGGUGGGAGUGGGCUCCAGGGGGAACCCAGAGUAUGUGGAGCGGGAGCAGCGAGUCAAGGUCCUAGAGAAGGAGGUUUCCUACUAUAAGGAGGAGUCUGGCAAGGCCCAGGCCGAGGUGGAUAGGCUACUAGCCAUCCUCCGAGAGGUGGAGACUGAGAAGAACGACAGGGAUAAGAAGAUCGCCGAGCUGGAAAGCCCCCCACACCUUGCCCCUGUCCCUCGCCCUGGUUUCGGCCCUGGCCCCGUUCCUCGUCACGGUCCCGGUGGUAGAGCUCCCCCUGACCCGCUCCCACCUGUGUCCGCUGCCCCCCAGCAGAUUGGGGGCAUGGUGUGGGACUUCUUGGGAAACCUAGCUCCCAGGCAGACCAAGGAGCAGGUUACUAAGAAGGGGGGUCCCAACCUCAAACUGGGCCCCCAGGGGGAAAAGAAGCCUGGUCAGAUAAUGGGGGACCCUCGAAAAGACAACACCAUGGACCUUGGUCAGCAUCUGAAGUUGGAGGAGAUGAUGAACACCCUAGAGAGAACUAGACAGGAGCUGGAUGCCACCAAGCAGCGCCUCUCGUCUACCCAGCAGUCCCUGCAGGAGAGGGACGGUCACCUGACCAACAUGAGACAGGAGCGCAGGAAACAGCUGGAGGAGAUCCUGGAGAUGAAACAACAGGCCCUGCUGGCAGCCAUCAGUGAGAAGGAUGCUAACAUCGCUCUGCUAGAGCUGUCUGCCUCUGGGAAGAAGAAGACCCAGGAAGAGGUUCUGGCUCUGAAGAGAGAGAAGGACAGAUUGAUGAACCAGCUAAAACAGCAGGUCAGGACUGGUGACACAACUCAGACACAGAGCAGGAUGAAGCUGAUGGCAGACAGCUAUGAAGAUGACCACUACCACCCCCAUCCUCCCUUCCAUUCCCUACCCCAGCAACCCCACCUGGGUCUCCAGCCUCAGUCCCCCCAGCCCCAAUACCAGCACCCGCCACAUCCCCAGCAGCAGCACGCCCCGUACCCCCAUGCCCCGCACCCCCAGCCCCCACCCCAACAACACCCUCACCCCCAGCAGCCUCAACAGCAGUACGCCCCUCAUCCCCAACAGCACCCGCAGGGGCACCCCCAACAGCCCCAACACCAACCACGGCCCCAGCACCCGCUGCAAGUCCAGCAGCCACACCCACAACAACAACACCCCCACCCAGGACAGCAUCCUCACGGGCCUCCGCCACAGCAGCAGCACCCCCACCCCCAACAGCACCCACAGCCACACCUUCACGGCCCCCUGCAGCAAGCCCCCCACCCCCAUCACCCACACCCCCAACACCCUCAGCAGCAUCCCCAUCACCCCAUACCCCAUGCCCCGCAACAGCAAGGCGGCCACCCCCGCCACCCGCCCCCACACCACCGUGGAGGACCAGGGCCUGCCAGAGGACCGCCCCAUGCCGGCCACCGCCCCUCCCACGACCAGGAUGACGAGGAGGGCAUUUGGGCAUAAUCGUGCCAACGAUGACAACCAAAGCUCUGAUGUUGUUCUGAGGGAUGAUUCAGUCACUAUUGGAGGAGCACAGCCAUGCCAUGAUGCUGAAACACAUUGACUACCUGACCAAACAUUUUUUACCGCCUCACAAUCCACACUUCAAAAUGGGGCCUUUAUUUUUACUGAGGAUGAGGAAGAUGAUGAAGAAGAGGAGGGAUGAAUCAGGUGGGAAGGCCAGACGAGGAGACUGAUGGUUGAGCAGAUGACUGAGGAGCCAUCAUGUGAAGAGCACUCUACAGACAUUGGAGAAACUGGCCAGAUCUUUGAGAGUGACUCUGUGGAGGAUGAGUGGCCCUACACAGACACAGAGGUGCUUUCUGUGAUGUUAGACUGGGUUGGACAGAUUGGGUCCCCCUCAGACAGACAGACAGACAGAUGAGCUGUCUGGUCUCAUCUCCGUGGUCCUGCUCACACAGCCAAACUCACACAGCCACUCUGGCCCAGUUGUCAAGCUGCUCAGCUCACCUGUUGCCCCCCAUUCUCACCAACCUGCGCCUAAUUGGUUCACUCUCCUAACUCCACCUUGCUUACCUGAGGUGCCUUGUUUACCUCAUUUGCCCCGCCCUGUUCAUCCCCGGCUGGCUCUGAAUGGCUCCCCUAUCUGUCAGUCUCCUCCCUACUUACUGACAGUCUUCACAGUGCUUAUUUUACUCAUAUGUCGUUUUUUUGUAGUUUUCUCUUUUUCCAGAGAUAGCCUGUCUCUUCCCACAUAUUUUAUGAAGUGCCAUACAGUUACAGCUUUAGUUUACUUUUAAAUUGUUGUGCUACUUAUUUUUUAUCUUCUAAUGACCUUUUGUUGAGUGUGUUUCAUCUGCAGUACUUGACUAUGGCUAUGAGUGUUUUGUGUUAAGUGCAUCAGAACAAGGAAGAGGAACCAAUAGGCAGCCACUAGAGCUAUUAUCUAACCAAUAGGCAGCCGCUAUAGCUCUCAUCGGACCAAUAGGCAGCCACUACAGCGCUUAUCUGACCAAUGGGCAGCCACUACAGCUCUUAUCUGACCAAUGGGCACCCACUAAAGCUCCUAUCAGACCAAUAGGCACCAACUAUAGCUCUUAUCUGACCAAUGGGCAGCCCUGGCCUUGCCUGUAGUACUGAAGGUUUACUUGUGCCGUUAAUGUGCAGUCUGGCAUGGCCUUAUGGGUAGGGCCCUGUACCAGGGGUUUGCUGGGCCUUUGGGCUUGGGGCUUACAACUGUGUAUCUAUCCUGUUACCUCAGUUGAUGUCACAGUUAAAACUCAAAUCUAUGCAGAUGUCAGAACUAAUAAUGCAGCUUUUAUUCAGUCAUGAGUCAAGGGCACCAAUCAAAAAGCAUUUAGAUGUCUUAAACCAGUACCAAUCAGAAUUGUAUUUUCAGAACAUACACCAAUCAGAUUACAUGACGGUUUGUUUCUCAGCAUCAUAUGCACCUAUGCACCUUCUCCCCCCCUGUUUAGGGAUACUUCUAAUGGUGCUUUUAGAUCACUGGUGCUCACAACAUGAUGUUCAACCAUAGACACAGCCAACAGACACAGCCAUUAGAUGUUGUGCAAUCAUGUCACUAAAUAGGGAUGUUGAUCCCAUAACCUGGCUUGCUUAUGAACUGUAGAAGACUGUAUUGUACAUAGGAUCAGCUGAAGAGAUUUUAUAUGUGUAAUGGCAUCCAUGGACACCCAGGUGUAUGAGACUUCCUGCCAUACCUUUAUAGCCCUCUCUCCGGCUCAUCGUCUCCCUACUCCCUCCUCUUCUUCAUGACCUCUUUUCUCAUCCUCUCUUCUUCUCUUUCAGCAGUCAUAGUCUAACCCAAACCCAAGCCUAGUGACUCGUUUAUGUUCUUCUCAACAAAGUGGCCUUGUGCCUCGUUCAUAUUAUAUACAUAUUAUAGAUAUAUAUAGAAAGAGAUCUAAAGUCUACAUGUCUAUGUGGUCAGAAUAUUGUGCCAGGAAAAAAAAUAAUGAGGAUAAAAAUACAUGUUUUUUUUUUUUGUUCAAACUGGCCUAAGGAUUUAAAAAAAAAACGUAUUUAGUGUGUGGAGUAACGUUUGUGACUUUCCUCUGUUUUGUACAUUACAAGAGAAAAAAGAGCACUCAACAUUCCCUGUAUGAAAACAGACUGGCUCUCACUAAGGAAAGUCUAGCCUUGAGACACAGUCCAAAGGCAAGAAGACUAUUUCAUUCUCAUUUAGAAGAGCUCUUACAUUCCUGCUACAGCGUGAGAAAUAUUUUUUGAGACACACACACACAAUCACUAUAGUAUCAGUGAGAUUACUUUUUAAACUUGCACUUGGCAGUGAGGACUAUCACUACCAUUGUUAAAGUGGAGGGUUGGAGUGACUCCGUCAUUACAGAUGCGUUAUCCAGUCUCAGUGUUGUGUGUUUGUUUGUUGUCAAUGUCAUUGUCCCAGUGUAUCAAGAUGUGGUGAUAAACAUGACAGUUGGGUGUGUAGAGAACAACAAAAACCCAUCUACUGGCAAAACCCUCCCCCUCCAUCACUGCCACCACUAACCCCCCUCCAUCACUACCACCACUAACCCCCAUCCAUCACUACCACCACUAACCCCCCUCCAUCACUAAUACCACUAACCCCCGUC